AUGGCUACCCCUAGUGUCCUUACCUUUGAUGCUGAGGGUCGUGCUGUUGACUUUGAGGUCUGGGUCGAUGACCUCCAGCUCUUCCUACAGUGCGAUAGGGAAGACGGACUCUCCCUGUUUGAUCUCACCUCUGGUGCCUCUCUUGCCCCGCCUGCUACUGCUGAAAGCACUGUUCGCUCACAGUGGGCCACACGCGAUGCUGCUGUCCGUCUUGCUGUGCGUCGCCACUUACCGACCGCUGAGCGUGCGCACUUUAGUCAGUACAAGAGUGCUAGGACCUUGUACGACACUGUAGUUGCACGCUACUCUUCCCCUACCACUGCUGCUCUUAUCCGCCUCAUGCUGCCGUACGUGUUCCCUGACCUUGCUGCCUUUCCCACAGUCGCUGACCUCAUUACGCACCUUCGCACUAGUGACACUCGCUACCGCGCUGCGCUUCCUGCUGAGUUUUGUGCCAAGAACCCUCCCCCCAUGUACAUCACCCUCUACUACAUAGUCACCCGGCUCCCUGACUCCCUUCGCUUAGUCAGGGACCACUUCCUCUCAGUUUGCCCCACCACACUCAUCGUUGACCUCCUCGAGGAGCGCCUCCUGGCAGCAGAGAAGAGCAUAGUCGCUAUAGGAACCUCUCGUGGUGACCCUCGUACCCCCGUCUUUGAGGAGUGUUCCCCCUCCCCCCUCUUGCCCUCUGUUGCUUCUACUGCUGCAGCCGACCUCGUUGGCUUCGAGUUGGUCGGCGCUGCGUCUGCCCCUAGCGGGAGACGCCGCAUCGGCAAGGGCAAGGGGGGCAAAGGCGCUAGAGGGGCUGGCGGGGGUGGUGGAGGUGGCGGUGGAGAAGGUGGAGGGGGUGGGGAUGGUGGUGGGAGUGGUGGCGGGGGUGGAGGUGUCGGUGGCAACAGUGGAGGCGGAGGAGGCGGCGGCAGUGGCGGUGGGAGCGGAGGCGGCGGAGGUGGCGGCGGCGGCGGCAGUGGAGCUGGUCGCGGCUUUGCACAGAGGAGUAGCUCCGGUGGUGGUCCGCGCCAGCAGCAGCAGCGCACUCGUGAGACCCCAUCCCCCCAGCAGCUUCGUGAGUGUGCGGGGGCUCGCACUCCACCCAGCGCUGCUUCGGCCGCUUGA